GCUCUGCUCUUUCUUGGUAUUACCAAACAACAAGAAGAAUCAAAGACCCGCAGGAAGGAGAACAGAAGAGAAGAGAAGACCAGGACAAGGAAAAACAGCAUUAAAAGCUCUCACGUUGACACGUCUCUCUCUCUCUCUCUGUGUCUCGGUGGGUGUUGCUCUGUUUUGAGCUUGAAGCUUCAGCUUCCGAGAGCUGCGGAAGUUCUUGAAAUGGUACAGGGAGACAGACCGGAUGGUAACGGCGCUACCGUCGAUGGGAAUCUACCAGGUUUCUCUCCGGCGGCUUCGAGCCCACCGAUUUUCUGGAAAUCUCGCAAGAGAUCAGUUAGUGGAAAGUUGUUGAACGAGGUAGCAGAUGCUGCUGAUAAACUUCCCAACAAGCAGGAAGAUGGGCCGACAGAUGAGAAUAUGCAAGACUCGACGCAGAUGCCUCCACUAUCCGAGCGUCGAAAGGCUCUGUUUGAGCCGUUGGAGCCUGUGGGUAGUGCCAAGGGCCGACAUCCAUCAAAUGAAUCUUUGCUGCCACCACCCGACUUCGAUGCUGCGAGCUAUCCACGAGGCUGGCUGAUCGGGAAAAGGCGAAAGCUUGUGAAUGUCGACGUGGUUGAAUCCAUGAGAAGGAUUGCCGUUCAAGAGAUGAACAGAAAGGACAAGGAAAUCGAUGGCCUGAAUGAGCAGUUGGAGGAGGAUGCACGGUGUCUCGAGCAUCUGCAAAUUCAGCUACUUGAUGAAAAGAGCAAGCGUUCCGAGGUCGAGAGAGAGAAUAAGAUGCUGCACGACCAAGUAUCGAUGCUGAUGAACAUGUUGGAUGAAAAUGAAUCGCUGGAAGAUGUACCAGAUGAGCCUUAGACAUCGCAUGCCGGUAAACAACGGUUCUUUCUUUCAUUUUCCAUUUCAUUCUAAGAGAGUCUAUGGAUAUAUGAACAUACGAAAACAGAAGGCAUAGCUGGACCUAAGGAUAUGCUUGUCCUUUGAUAUGUUACUUUUCCUCCCAAAAAUUCGUUUCUUUAGAGGGUUAGAAAUUCCUUUUGUUAUGGAGGUAGCUGUGAGCCUGUGAGUGCCAUUAUCUAUCUGGUAAAAAAGACAAAAAAGAAAGAAAGAAAGGAAACUAGCUAAAUACCAUGUAAGUGCAGGUUCCUGUCUGUAAUUGAAAUUGAACAUGUCGGGUCUGUAAUACAAAGUCUGUUGAUAU